CAACCGAGAAAAUCACAUGUAUUAUUGGUGUCCCCGGUGUCAAUUUCGUGUUUGGGGCAUUAUUCGUGUAAAUAUUUUUUUAAACACGUUCGUAACACGUAUUACAAAAACGACUUUCAAACGGAUUCUUUAUCACCAAUUUUCUCGUUCAUAACACAUGUACAACCCGAGAAUUACAACAACCCGAAACUCGUGUUUUCGAACACCAGAAAUUCACGAGAAUUUCUAGUGUUGUUGGUCACAGAAACCUAAAUGCUGCUCUCUCCGUUGUAAAGAAAGAGGGACAAUUCUUUAGUUCGAGAUGAGUAAUGGAGAAAGCACGAUCAAGAAAAAUAUUCCGAAAAAGGCACACACACAGAGUUCACCAUCACCCGAAUAUUUGAUUUUUGAAGCAGAUGACAUCUCGGAUUAUUCUGACAAUAAUUUAUCCACGCAGUCAAAUCUAAGUGAUAGUGAUUCUGAACAGUCUAAUACGGAAAGUAGUGCAAGUGAUUUAAGGGGGUGGGCACUAAAGCAUAACAUUACAUUCUCUGCUUUAGGAGAUCUGCUGGAAAUUUUGAAUCGACAUCCUAAUUUUGAUUUACCGAAAGAUCCUAGAACACUUUUAUGCACUCCAAGAUCGACUACAAUUGAAAAGGUGGAGCCUGGCGAAUACGUACAUUUUGAGUGGAUUUCAUCCGUCGAAAAGUUAAUUCAAGUUCCAACAGCAGACUAUAUUAAAAUUCAAAUUAAUAUUGACGGAAUCCCCCUCUAUAAAAGCAGCACAAGACAAUUCUGGCCCAUUUUAGCGAAAAUUGUAGAAUAUAAUCAGGUCGUUGUAAUUGGAAUUUAUUCUGGUUUUGGAAAACCUACAAAUAUUAAUAAUUUUUUGAGACAGUUUGUCAACGAAUUCAACACCAUAGAGCAAUCUUCGAAUUUAAAACUUAAAAUAUCUGCAAUUGUGUGUGACGUCCCAGCAAGAUCAUUUAUUUUGGGGACAAAGUGUCAUAAUGGUUAUAGUUCUUGUGGAAAGUGUGACAUAAAGGGUGAAUAUUUGGAUAAUAGAGUUACCUUUCCACCAGGAAAUUAUAAUUUAAGAAAUAACGAAAAUUUCCGAUCAAAAUUAGAUACAGCACAUCAUAAUCAAGCCUCAAUAAUAGAAUUACUACCCAUUGAUUUAGUAGAAGAUGUGCCAGUCGAUUUUAUGCAUCUUGUGUGCCUGGGAGUGACCAGAAAAUUACUAUUUUUAUGGGUGAAAGGAAAAAAAUGUCCAGGUCGUCUGCGUCCUUACCAAGUUGACCAAUUAUCCACUAAUUUGCUAAAAAUCAAAACCUCAAUACCAAAAGAAUUUUCAAGAAAACCACGUCCAAUUAGAGAUCUCGAACACUGGAAAGCAACUGAAUACAGACAGUUUAUCUUAUAUACUGGCCCCACAGUUUUGAAGAAAAUCCUUGCUCCUCAAUUUUACCAGCAUUUUUUGUGUUUCCACGUAGCCAUCACGAUUCUUGCAAAUCCUAACACUUAUCUGAAUAAAAAUAAUUAUGCACAAGAGCUACUAAUAUAUUUCGUUAAUAACUUUGGUGAAUUAUAUGGGAAAAAGUAUAACAGUCAUAAUCUUCAUAAUUUACUACAUUUAUCCCGGGAUUGCAUUCGACACGGUCCCCUUGACCAAUUUAGUGCUUUCCCGUUUGAAAAUAAGUUACAACAAAUAAAGAGAUUGGUGAGAUCUCCAUCUCUCCCCUUGCAACAAGUUUACCGGCGGUUAGUUGAAAGAGAAAAAAUAGACCUGUCCUCUUUCAAGCAGCCAGUUUGUCAAGUAUCGUUUUUCCAAGUCGACAUUAAUUCACCCGAGUGUUUCAAAGUGUGUAAGUUUGCAAAUUUCGAAUUAUCCAACAAAUUAGGGAACAAUUUUUGCAAACUAAAAGAUGGAACUAUAAUUAAAAUUCACCAUUUUGUUAGAGGAUCACCUUCAGAAUUAUUUGGACAGAAGUUUAAAAAACGUGAAGAUUUUUUUCAAUCUCCUUGUCCUUCUUCUUUAAUUGGUGUUCAACUUAUCUCCGACUUGAGUGCAGUACGAAGAUUUAAUAUUAAUUUAAUCGAAUCAAAAUGUGUAGUACUUCCAUUUGAGACUGAAUUUAUAUGCUAUCCCUUGAUUCACAGUGAAAUUCAGUGACUUUUUACAAUGCCGUACUCUAUAGUUCA